CUCUUCGCGUUUUUGGCGGCGUACGAGAUCGGCAAGGACAACAAGGACAUCACGGACGAGGACAUACUAGCCAAGGUGAAGGAGCGCUGCGAAACCAUGAACAGCGACUACCUUUCGAACCCUUCAGCUCUAUUCUCUCAGCAAUUGAAAAUGGACCUCACGAUUAAGGAUGUACCAGAUCGCGUAGCGAAGUACUUCAGGUUGUUCGAGAGGAUCAUUGCUGAUAACGGCUUUCAGGAGAAUCUCGGCCGGGGAAAUGCGACGGAUGACAACUAUGUAGCUCGCAUG